UAAAAUCAAGUGUUAGUACUCAAGGAUGCUAUAAAAUAGAUCACUUCAAGAUUUUCAAGUUACACCCGUCUUCCCUGUCUUAGAAUUUUAAACGUUGAAAUAAUUUUAAUACUUUAAAUAAAAUGUGGCAAAAAUUUUUAGUUUAUGUAUUUUCUUACAUGUCCCUUUCACACGGAUUCCUGCUCCCAAAGUCCUUUGAGCCACUACCUCGUAUAGUGGGGGGAGAGGAUGCUCCUGAAGGUGGAGCUCCCUACCAGGCAUCAUUGAGGUCCUUAUUCAACUCACACUUCUGCGGGGGAUCCAUUAUAAGCAAUCGAUGGAUUUUGACAGCUGCUCAUUGUACUGUCGGCCAAUCAGCAUUCGCAAUGAAAGUAGUAGUCGGAACCAACAGCCUCACAAGCGGUGGCGACAAAUAUUCCGUGGAGAGAAUCAUAGUACACGAGGAAUACAAUAGCAUGCUGAUCAGUAAUGACGUCAGCGUGGUCAGAGUGGCCACUGAGAUAGAGUUCAGUGACCUGGUGCAACCUAUAGCGCUGCCUGACAGCAAUACUGAAGGCGGAGCGGAUCUGAUACUGACUGGAUGGGGCAGAAUUUCGUAUCCCGGCAAUCUACCCGACAAGCUGCAAAUCAUCGAGCUGUCUGCGCUGAGCGUGGCCGACUGUCAGAAGAUCUACAGCAACGUCAACCAAGUCUACGACACCCAGAUUUGUUCCUUGACGAAAGCCGGUGAAGGCGCUUGCCAUGGCGAUUCCGGAGGUCCAUUGGUGGAAGACGGCAAGGUCGUUGGUGUGGUCUCUUGGGGAGUACCAUGUGCGAAGGGCUACCCUGACGUCUACUCCAGGGUCUUCGCUUUCAAGGACUGGAUCGUGGAGAAGACUGAAAUUGGUAGUCAAGAAACUUAGAUAUAUAUCAAGAAGGCAGCAUAGUACCUACCUACACUACAAUACAAGUACCUACCUACCUACACACAGUACCUACCUACUUAU